AUGGACUCAAACUUUUUGCGCAGAUUCAGAGGGAGAUACAACACAGUUAAUGCUAAUAGCAUUUUGGAAUCAAGCAUUCCAAUUGAUAAAAGAAUUAAAUCAAACCAAGUGCACGCAGGCUCACCUGGCUAUAAAAGGACUGAAACUUCUAAGCUACAUUAUGAUGAUUCGCCGAUAUCAAAACCGAGAACAAGGUCAUCUGAUCAUUCGAAUAAAUCGCGAAAAUGCCAGUAUUCUGAAAAUAAGCUGAUUAACUGCUUGAAUUUAAAGGAAAGUGUAACUACCAGCAAAAGUUACCCUGCUUGAAGCGAUCUUCGACAGUCAAUGUUUAAUUCUACCAGAGGACCGACUAACUUCGAUUUCGUUAGAGAGCUAACUACUGUUAGUGACUCUACAUAUGUAAAUGUGGCACCAGGACCUAAAGGUUUUUUAGCAUAUGAUAAUACGAAUGUAAUAAAAGCAAGAAAUAAAACUCCUUUAAAGUCGUCAAGAUUUGCUGCAAAUGGGAAUUUGACAAAUAUAGCUUUCAACUGCCAAGUGAAUUAUUAG